AUAAUCUCUUUCCGGGUCAAUGGCCAUAAACAGUCUACGCUGCUUGAGAUGCUAGCGGUCUAGGCAACGACACACAGCAAUUAUAUCAUCGAUUUAUCACCAAAAGGAAUCUCAACCUAUUAGCGGCUCGAGUGCCCAAAUUUCCACAUAUUAGGAAGGAUAUGACAGAGCCGCGUAAUCAGGGGAUGCCCUCCCACCCUGCUGCGGCCCCCGUGCACUCUGACCCCACAUGCCUGACCGUGGACAUCGACCCGGUGGAGUACACCCUUCGCAAACGACUCCCUCGCAAGCUUCCAAAGCGGCGCAACGACGUGUACGUCAACAUGAAGACGGACUUUCGGGCUCAGUUGGCCCGCUGUCAGAAGCUGCUGGACGGCGGCGGACAUCGGGAGAUCUGCGUGCACGGCCUGGGCCUGGCUAUCAACAGGGCCAUCAACAUUGCGCUGCAGCUGCAGGCCAGCAGCCAGGGGGCGCUGCAGUUGGCCGCCAACACCUCCACGGUCGAGCUGGUGGACGACCUGGAGCCUGAGGACCCCGAUGAGGCCGGGGAGCCCCUGACCCGCACACGCAACAACUCAGCCAUCCACAUCAAGGUUUUCUACCCUGACCCCCAGUGACUGCAAGUGCGUGUGUCCCUCAACAACCAUCUCCAUGCAUGCAUGUGUGUAUAAACUUUGUUAUUACAUCCGUUGGCAGCUUUGAAAGACUACAUUUUUCUUUUUUUUUGCAUAUUUUACGGCAAAACGCCUGCAGAUGAUUAUUGUUUAUAAACUAUGAAUCAAAACUGCCGCGCCAUGCAUGCAGUGAGUACUCUCUAGUAUGAUCAGGGGUAUAUAUAUAUAUAUAUAUAUAUAUAUAUAUAUAUAUAUAUAUAUAUAUAUAUAUACACACACACACACACACGGGGCUUCACGGUGGAAGAGAGGUUAGUGCGUCUGCCUCACAAUACGAAGGUCCUGAGUAGUCAGGGUUCAAUCCCGGGCUCGGGAUCUUUCUGUGUGGAGUUUGCAUGUCCUCCCCUUGAUUGCGUGGGUUCCCUCCGGGUACUCUGGCUUCCUCCCACUUCUAAAGACAUGCACCUGGGGAUAGGUUGAUUGGCAACACUAAAUUGGCCCUAGUGUGUGAAUGUUGUCUAUCUGUGAUGGCCCUGCGAUGAGGUGUUAACUUGUCCAGGGUGUACCCCGCCUUCCACCCGAUUGUAGCUGAGAUAGGCACCUGCGCCCCCCGCGACCCCAAAGGGAAUAAGUGGUAGAAAAUGGAUGGAUGGAUAUAUAUACUGUACUGUAUAUAUUUUACAGUACAGGCCAAAAGUUUGGACACCUGCUCAUUUCAAUGUGGUUUCUUUUUUUUCAUGAUUGAUUGUCACUGAAGGCAUCAAAACUAUGACACCUGUGAAGUAAAAACCCUUUCAGGUGACUACCUCUUAAAGCUCAUUGAGAGACUGCCAAGAGUGCGCAAAAGAGGAAAGGGUGGCUAUUUUGAAGAAACUAGUAUACAAAACUUGUUUUCAGUUAUUUCACCUUUUUUUGUUAAGUGUAUAACUCCACAUGUGUUUAUUCAUAGUUUUGACUAUGAUCGUAAAUAGUCAUGAUAAUAAAGAAAACCUAUUGAAUGAGAA